UCAUCCAUAACUUGCCGGACUUUCCAGGGACUUUGAUAUGCAACAAGAUGAUAUUUUGAAGAAGAAUGAACCCCAUGAAUUCUAUAAAUACCUCUGUGUCUCUCGAAUGGAUGCACAACACAUUUCUUCAGAUCAUUAAAUUCAAAUACAUUAAACUCUCCUACUCAAAAGAAUGGCUUCGACUCGCAGUUGGAAGCUUAUUUUUGUUGCAAUUCUGGUGUUGGAGAUGUGGGCAUCUCAAGCCAUAGCUCGUUCAUUGCAAGAUGCAUCCAUGGUGGAAAAACACGAGCAAUGGAUGACACAAUAUGGACGCCAGUAUAAGAAUAGCGCAGAGAAGGCUACGCGAUACAAAAUAUUCAAGGAGAAUGUGGAGUACAUCGAGACUUUUAAUAAAGCAGGCACUCGAUCUUACCAGCUUGGCAUAAAUCAAUUUGCUGAUCUGACAAACAAGGAGUUUCAGGCAUCUCGGAAUGGAUACAAAAUGUCCCCUUUCCUAAAGUCACCUAAAGCGUCGUCAUUUAGGUAUGAAAAUAUGACCGCAGCUCCAUCGAGCAUGGACUGGAGAAAGAAGGGAGCUGUUACUGGUGUGAAGGACCAAGGCCAAUGUGGAUGUUGCUGGGCAUUCUCAGCUGUUGCAGCCACUGAAGGAAUAAACCAGCUUUCAACAGGAAAAUUGAUUUCAUUAUCUGAACAAGAACUUGUGGAUUGCGACACAAGUGAAGAUAUGGGCUGCAGUGGAGGUCUAAUGGAUAAUGCGUUUCAGUUCAUCAUCAAGAAUCAUGGACUUACAACUGAAUCUAUUUACCCAUAUGCCGGAACAGACAACACUUGCAACAGUAAGAAGGAAUCCUCCCAUGCUGCCAAGAUUACAGGAUACGAGGAUGUUCCAGCCAAUAGCGAGUCAGCAUUGCUUAAAGCCGUGGCUAAACAACCGGUAUCUGUUGCCAUUGAUGCUAGUGGAUCCGACUUCCAGUUCUAUAAGAGUGGAGUUUUCACUGGAGACUGCGGGACUGAUCUGGACCAUGGCGUUACAGCAGUCGGUUAUGGGACAGCUAGUGAUGGUACUAAGUAUUGGUUGGUUAAGAAUUCUUGGGGGACAAGUUGGGGUGAGAAUGGAUACAUUAGAAUGCAGAGGGGCAUUGAUGCUGAGGAAGGACUCUGUGGCAUUGCGAUGCAAGCUUCUUAUCCAACUGCUUAAAACAGCAAGAUAAGAAGCCAUUUCGAACAAGAUUUCGUCAUUUCACCUUGUGUAUAUCUGUUGUCAAAAUACCUACUCAUGCUCAUGUAAAUAGAACUUGUAUGAAAUUUAUAUAUAAAAACAAUAGGCUAUAA